UGUUGCCCAUCUUUGUUUCGAGCAAAGGUUUUUGAGAUUUUUAAGCAAAUUUGAAUGAUUUUCAUAUCUUCUGAACUACUGCUUUGAAUUUUAACUGUUUUUACAGAAAACAAAUGUGAGAACCUUGACGAGUAGAUGUGAUUUUACUAUUUUAGCCAGAAAAAUCGAGGCUAUAUUGAACCCAGCUGACUUAGCUUGGUGAAUUAGCUUGAUUUGACCGCGUUCAGGAGUCAACGAGGAUGAGCGGCGUCGGGCCCAAGUCGUUGUUCUUCCUCGGACUUCCGGAUCUGACGCAGUUGGUCUGCGUCACGCUGAGUCCGCUGGAGGAAGAGCAGCAGGAGCCCAGAACCAAUCAGAUCAAGACCUGCAGGGAGCUGGUGCUGCUGUACUCGGACAUCCUGUCCUGUCCUGCUCUGGACUCCAUCACUGACGUCACCGCGGUCAUGUCUGUCCACUUCCUGCAGCGCGGCGUCCUUCAGGCCUUCGCCAUCAGAAACUGUCUGCAGCUGCGCGGUCCUCACACUCCGUUCCCAGGUGACCUCCAGUGCUGCCUCUCUUACUCUCUGAUCAGCCGUUUGGCUCCCAGCUGGAACAAAGCAGGACUUUACCUGAUCUCAGGGGCAGACUUCCUGACCCAGCGGGGGACGCUCAGCGCCGUCAGUCUGGAGCUGAGCACCAGCGGCGGUCGGCUCUGCCUCAGCAUCGAAGCCAGCGCCGUGAGAACGCCGCCGCCCAUGCUGGACGACCUCGGGCUGCCGGCGCCGGUCCUCCAGAGGUUCUGCAGCGACCCGGACUUCAUCCUGGACCCGUCCUCCACUGAGGGGCCCGUUUGGUGCCACGUCCUGCCCAGCAUGAAGAAGGGUCAGAUCAUCAGCAUCAGCCGCCAGCUGCCCAGAGACGGACCCUUCAGGACCUACGGAGACCUUCAGAGCCACUGGAACCGCCUGUACGGCUACCGGCUGCCGGACCUGCAGGAGGGCGGAGUCUACUGCAGCGUCUACUUCAGGCCGGUGGGAGAGAAACUCUUCACUUACCCUCUCAGCUGCAUCCGCCUGCAGCCCGUGCAGCGCUGCCCCCGGGGCGACCUGCAGGGGGCGCUGGCCCGCUUCCUGGCCGACAGCAGAGAGCGGCUGCAGAGCGUGUGCGGCUUCCCGACCCGUCUGACCAGUAAACCCAGUUACCCCACGGCCGGCCUGACCAGCGCCGCGUCCAUGCAGGUUCUGAGUUCGGACCAGAUCAACCUGACCACCAGGCCGGUUCUGUCCCAGCCUGCGCCCUCCUCCAGGCCGGACCCGCCCGCCUGGGUCCCUCUCUCCCAGCAGGGCGGCGCUCUUCCAGGAAGCAGAUCUGGGAACUCGCUGUGGCACCGUCCAGAGACCCAGUCCCCGUUGGCUCGGUCCCCGUCGGCCCGGUCCCAAUCGCUAGCUUCAUCCCUCCCUCCUCUUCCUCAGCCCAGUCCGGUCCCAGUGAACCCGCCUCCCAAACUGGUUCCCAUCUUCAGGAACAACGACCCGACCCGCCGGCUCAGCGUGGCUCUGCUGCGAGUCCAGAAGCAGCAGAGCAGAGGGACGGAGGACAAGCGCAGACUCACCCUGCCACUUCCUGUUGGCCGGAGCGCCGCCGUUCCCCAGCCGUCGGGUCAGUGCAGGGUCACCCGGAUCUCCAGCCUCAGCCCGGUGUUCAAGGCGAAAGCAGCCAUCAUCAUCCCACCCAGAACCAAACCCAGCAGAACCUCUGGGCCGGUCCGAACCGAAUGGGCCGCCGACCGCUGGAAGGCAGCGGGACCCGAAAGCAUCGCGCCCAGAACCAUCAUGAAAACCAGCAGAGAGGCCCAGAGGGAGACCGCCGCCAGCAGCAGGAAGACGGUGGCCUUCCAGCUGGGGGAGAAACGGAGGAGCAGAGUUUCAGUGGAUGACGUGGAGAAGAUGGCCAGAAGCAACCAGGUGAGCUGGACCGACCCGGUUCUGCAGACCGACAGGGUUCUGGAGACCGACAAGGUUCUGGAGACCGACAGGGUUCUGGAGACCGACAGGGUUCUGCAGACCAACCCGGUUCUGGAGACCGACAGGGUUCUGCUGACCGACCCGGUUCUGGAGACCGACCCGGUUCUGCAGACCGACCCGGUUCUGCUGACCGACAGGGUUCUGCUGACCGACCCGUGGUCCGUUCUGAGCGGCCGCUCCCUGCUGCUGUGGCUCAGGAACAGAGGGAUCCCUGUGAGCUCCAAGCUGAGGAAGGAGGAGCUGAUGAUGAAGGUGAUGAGCUGCCUGGCCGAGGCCUGA